GGUGAAUUUUGCAUUGAGCAAUAAUCUCCGAUCGUCUUCAGUUUGUAGUGUACGUUGGCGUGGCAACAUGAGGCGACUACUGCUUCUCCUUGUUGCAGUCAUUGGAUGCAAUGCACAGGAAUACACGGGACUGGCUGGCUCUGGGCCUCACAUAGUGAAGGAGCCCCUUGACACAGUCUUCAAUGAGGACAGCAACAUCGAUUCCUUGUACCUGGACUGCGAGGCGGACGGAGACGAGAGACCCACCUACACCUGGCGACGCGACGGCCAAGAAGUUGACACCGACGCUGAGCCCAGGUACCAGCUGUCCCGAGGCAGGCUGACCAUCACGGAGCCGGACAGGACGGUGGACAUGGGCAGCUACCAGUGUUUUCCCUCCAACCAGAUCGGAACCGUCAUGAGCAAGAAGGCCAAAUUGGAAUUUGCUUUCCUUAACUAUUUUCCGGAGGCAGGCCCACCAGACAUGACAAUACCACUCAACACGGGGAUGUGUAUAUCGUGUGACGUACCAGCUCACUUCCCAGGAGUCAACGUUUUCUGGUACAACGGUCCGUUCCCCAUUCUGCAGACGUCGCGCACCCACACGACAAUGGACGGACAGCUCUGCUUUGCCAACUUCCAGGAAUCUGAUGGCGGGGAGUACAAAUGCUUCGCUCUCAACACCAUCGACACCGGCGGUGGUUCCUCAGCCCAAAAGUUCAGCGACUCGUUCCAGGUCACAGCCGGGCCUGCAACUGGGGAAGCCGAGUUUGGUCCUGAUCCUGCCAUCGCGGUGGAGGACCAAUCGGUGCUAGUCAACACGGAAGAAACUACACUCAGUUGCUUCUUCUUCGGCAAUCCUGCCCCGAGCAUCCAGUGGCGCAGAAAGACCCCACAAGGUGCUGGGCUGCCGGCCCUGUACGAGCUCAAGAAGGAUAACCAGCUGCUGGUGCUCAAGAACAUCCAGGUUGGCGAUGCAGGGGAGUAUGAGUGCUACACUGAAGAGGGUGGCGGCAGCUCAUCGGGAAAUGUCGUAGUGAACGUGCCGCCUUUGUGGGUCCAGGAAAUCGCAGACACGGAGGGAAAUAUCUACGAGGACGCGAUCUGGGAGUGCGAAGCCGAAAGCCCCGACGACCUGACCUACAAGUGGUAUCGCAACGUUGUGGAGAUCGUGGACUUGCCCAGACACCAGCUCAGCAACGGUCUGAAGACGCUGACUAUCAAGAACCUGACGGUGGCAGAUACAGGGAUGUACCAGUGUGUGGCCAGCAACGAUCAUGGGGAAAUCUACACCACUGGACAGCUGACUGUACUCGCCAUGAAGCCUUGGUUCAGCACCGGGCUGGAGCAGAACCAGGCAGCACCCCGCGACGGCACAGUCACCAUCCUAUGCCAGCCCGAGGCCGCACCAACCCCGACCAUCAGGUGGUUCAAGGGUGACCAGCGGAUCACUAGCGACGGUCACUACACCGUCCAGGACGACGGUAAUCUCUUGAUCACGGACGUGGUGGAUUCGGACGCUGGGGAGUAUACGUGCGAAGCGACCAACAGCAUAGGCGUGGGCUCCAGUACUGGAAGUAUUGUUGUAAGAGAUGGAACAAGCAUCACUGAAGCGCCUACUGACCUGACGAUCGACGAAGGACAAACGGGCAUACUGAGGUGCCAAGCGUCAUACGAUCCCUACUUUGACUUGCGGUACGUCUGGACGAAGGACGACCAGCAGAUUGACAUAAAUUCACCCAACUACGAGCAACCUGAGAUUAGCACGGGUGAGGUGAGCGAGCUGCACAUCAAGGACGCUACUCUGGAGCUGGGCGGGGAGUACACCUGCCAGGCCGUCACCGCCAUCGACGACGUGACCGCCUCAGCGAUGGUCACCAUCAGGGGUAGGCCGGGCCCCCCAGCAGGCAUCAGCGUGGAGGUCAACGGCGUAGCGGCCAACGUGAGCUGGAGCCAUGGUGCCGACAACAACAGCCCAAUCCUGUCUUACAUCAUCGAGGGAAGCACCAACCACGUGCCGGAGUUCGCCGUUCUCCGAAUUGAUAUCCCUGCGGCCAGCACUCACAUCCGUCUGACCGGCUUGUCAGCGUGGAGCAUGUACAAGUUCAGGGUCAUUGCAGUCAACGACGUCGGCCAAGGUGAACCCAGCGAGGAGUCCGACGAGCAGCAGACAGCACAAGACCGUCCGACCAUGGAGCCAGGUAAUGUUGGGGGCGGAGGAGGAAACGAUGGGGACCUCAGAAUGAUAUGGGAGCCACUGCCAAGGCAGGAAUGGAAUGCCCCAGACCUAUAUUACAAGGUCUACUGGCGGCAGAAGGACUCGGGAGCCGAGUUUGUUGAUCAUGAUGUCAUGGACCCAGAGGCUGGGGAGUAUGUGGCCUCGGGGGUGCCUGCCUACACGCCGUUUGAUGUCAAGGUCCAGGCUAUCAACUCCGAAGGGGAAGGACCCAUGAGCCAAGUCUCGGAAGUUUACUCCUUCCAGAGAAGUCCAGAAGAGGCACCCACUGCAGUCACAGCCACAGCCGCAUCAGCAACCAGUGUCCAGGUCUCAUGGACAGGCAUUGAUGCAGAGCAAAUCAUAGGAGUCCUGGAUGGAUACAAACUCAAAUACUGGGAGGAAGGUUCCACGGAGGAGCUGGGAAACAUCGUCAGGAGUCCCGGCCCAGGAACAGAAGCUACUAUCGUGGACCUAGAUCCUAACACUAUGUACAAUAUCAACGUCAUGGCGUUCAGUGGGGGCGGGGACGGACCCCCCAGCACUGAAGUUGCCCAAGUCACGACACUCAAAGCCCCACCCCAACAGGCACCAGGAAAUGUCAAGGUCGCGCUUAAAGGAACCACUGGCAUGACAAUCACGUGGGAUGGCAUCACCACAUCUGAUAAUGAGGAGCCCUUGACAGGAUACAAGAUCCUGUACUGGAAGCAGGGAGAAUUUGAAGCCGAAGCCUCUGAUAAGCAGGUUGACAAGAACACCAACACGAUCACCAUCGAGGGCCUGACGAAGGGCACUACGUACUACGUCAAGGUCAUGGGUUAUAGUUCAGGGGGCGACGGUGUGACCAGUCAACAACAGUCCAUCGAAAUAGGUGCCGAAGGCGAGCCGUCAGCACGUGGCGAUGAGGGUGGUGCAUCAUCAAUCGUCGCACAGUCUGCUCUGGUUAUACUCCUCCCCCUCCUCAUUGCCUUUCACCUACAUUGAAGUGGUACCGCCCAGUGUCUUUUCUGGACCACAGAGAUCAUGUGUACUGUAUACACGUUGUUUUUUUGACAUUAGCCCGUCUGUGCUGCACGAGGUCAUCUGUGUUUAGAAUUAAUCGAUAUAUCGAUAAUGUUUCUCUGGAGUGAUUUUCUUUGAAAGUAUAUUUGGAGGUUAUCGUGAAGUGAGCUUUCCAAACUGAACUCAGUUUGUGGUGCCAAGUUGCAAGUGGUGUGAUUCCAUCAAUUUGUGGCCUAAAAGUACUAGAACGUACUUGCAAUUUUGACAAAUGAUUGUUCAAAGACUUCAACUCUUAGCACUUGUGUAAGAUGUUUGAAUUUGUGUGCUUUCUUCCAUACUCAAAUUUCUGCUCACAUGCUUAAAAAAAAGCUGUACUUUCAGAGAAGUAUGUCUUUUUAUUUUUAAAUGUUACAAGUACCACCGUUACUGACAUGCUUUUUUUUGUGUAAAUUACAUUUUAUUCUUAAAAAAAUUCCCUUUUCGUGUAUUACCAGAGAGACAUUUUUACUUUUUUAUGAGUUUGUGAAUAUUAAUAUGUAAACUUCCUGUGUUUUGUAUUUAAGAAAAAAAAAAAAAUGUAUCAUUGCGUGUGAUGUGUACCUCUGUCUCGACCUAUGGUAGCUCAGAUGUAAUUUUCAAUCGUAACAAUUUCACGUUUCAAGCAAUGGAAUUAAAUAACUAAAGAGAUGAUUGUACACAAACGAAUAAACACAAAAAAAUCACGUGGUUUGGCUUUUCACUCUGAGGCAGUCGAUGAAAUUGGCCAGAUCUUCACAAACAAGAAUUUGAUAUUUACAUUCAACAUUGUGAUACUAGUUGGUCUGCCGUUCUAUGCAUGCAGUAAUAAAGAUAUCCCAAGAUUUUCAAGAUUACCAAGUAAAAAUGGGAAAACAGUUUCAAAAUGGAUUUCCAAUCCUAGGCCUACAUCUUCAUGAUUUUAGUAUCCCUGAGUUGGGGGACUUCAAAAUCACUUUCCAAACAUCGAGACUUAUUGAUGCCGAAGUUUAGACUAUUGAAAAUUAUUACUGGCUGCUUAUUCUAGAGCGAAAUUGGCCAUGGUCAGGCUGAGACAGAGGCUAGUUUUGAUUGUAUUAAUGGCUGCUGCUAUACAUGUAAAAGUGAAGUGUUUAUUGAGGCUUUUUUAAUUUUAACAGUAUUGUCAAAAGUAGCAUCUGUUGAAUGUCUCAAGUUAUGCAAUUUAAUCUUUAAACUCUUGCGUUUCCAGGCCUUGAUGACAUGUACAGUGAAAAACAAUUUCAAAAAGGAUUUCAGCAACUGAACGGCGUAACUCCCAAUGUCACAAAUGAUAUUGAAAAAUAUUUACAGACACUUGUGUCGUCUGGUUCCCUUUCCCUCACAGUGUUGAAGGUGUAUGUUGCUAAUCAAAGCACCAUCCUAUUAAUGGAUUAACAAACUGCUACAUUUGUACAAAGGUUUGAAGAAAAAAAAUCUGCUUGAAAUUGUUUUGUGACUGUUCAGAAAGAGGCUUUUUUAUUUAAAUGUGUACUCGACAUAAAAUAGAUUGUGAAAUCAUUGGGUAGUGAUAUGAA